AUGAGUGGUAAGUGUGAAAUUAAGAUUUCAUUUUGUCAUGUUUUUUGUUUUUUUACAGAUGAUGUUACAGAAUUUCUUGUCUGACUUUUUCAGAUAAAGUUAGACGACUCAAUCGGGGUUGAAACGGUGUGGCACUGAAUGACAUUUCUCCCUCCUUAUUGUCUUGUCAGUCACACUUAUUUUUGGUAUUGUAAACUCCGGUCAAAUAAUUUAGCAAAUAUUCAUAUAGCCAAGUAGUCUAAGGGGUGCUUUUUUAUUUUGUUAUGUUGACACUGCUCUGGAAAAAAGUUGUUCUUGACUACAUGAUAUAGUAGCCUGCAUGGGCAAAAGAGAGAGAUGACAGGAAAAGAUUCCACAGAUGUGUCUCGACUUGUCUGUUUGUUUGCCUAUAUAAUACAGGUGCGCGAUGGGGUCAGGGUUAUGGAGCACAUAUCCCCCCAUUGUCGGUAAAUAGUUAACUUAAAAAUAUACACUAUGUUGCUUUAGCAGCAUAUGGGCAAUUCCAUGGUAACUGAAUUAUGCUUUGACUCAGUUUUUUCACUUUAAAAUGUAUCUCAAACGAAAACCAUUGACUUCAAAGUUUAACAAACCAUACAACUCUAUGCACAAGGACUACUUUUAACAAUUUCCACUGAACAUUUUACAAAAACUAAUUUAGUGGAAGAACUGUGCAGAUGCAAACUUUGGUAAUGGAAUUAUGGUAAAAUCUUCAUCAGGUUUUUAUGAGACCAGGUUUAACAAAAAUUAUAUUAAAUAUCUGCUCCGAAUUAAGAUCCAAAGAGUUCUGCAGAAAGAAUGGGGUGUCAGCUAUGACAUGUCACCUUGAGUUGGAAAAAAUCUAUUUUGGUUAUUGAACUACAGUAAGUGAAGUGGAAUUACACCCGGGAACGGAAUUACAGUAAACGGAAUGACAUGUACUACUAAACUUGUUUGUUUGACUUUUUGAGAGCUUUUUUCUCUCCCUCCAUCUUCUUGUGGAGAGUCUCAAUUGAACAUGUUUUUUCUUAGUCCAGGGAGUUGGUACAACUGCUCCUCAGUAGUUGAGGAGGUAUUUUUCUGCUAUCACAGUAGGUUUUUAAGUGUAAGAUAUGAAUCACAACAGUGUUUGCAUUCUUGAGCUCUGAGACAGAUUGAAUGUCCUCCCUAUCAUUGUUUAUGACCUACCAACCAACAUUGUGCACCACCAGGAGAAACUUGAGUAAAUCAUUGGUGCAGAUAAUGCACCAUCAAAUGUGUUCAUAGUACUGGAGGUUAAUCCUACUGCCUGGUAUAUGUUAAAUGCCAAAUAAUCCCCUCCAGUUUUCCUUGGAGCACAGCCAGAAAAGCACCUCCUUCUGCUCCUUCUCACAAUGCAGCAGACAAUGGCCAUAAACUGUAUUAUCAACAUAGUUUGAGCCUGUUCUCUUUAUAACACAGAGUAAUUUUGGCUCCUCUUUCAAACCAGUCCUGUAUUAACUUGCUUCCUCUGGACCAGGCAUCACAGUAUGGGUGAAGGAUUAUGACACGGGACAGGAAGAGGGGCGGCCGGUGUCCCCGUUCUCUGAGGAGUGCUGUGAGGAACUGUGGGACCGGGUGGAGGGGGUGAGGCAAAAGCUGACCCGCAUCCUGAACCCGGCCAAGCUCACCCCCUACCUGAGGCAGUGCAAGGUCAUCGACGAGCAGGAUGAGGAUGAGGUCCUCAACUCCACCCAGUACCCACUACGUAUCAGCAAGGCUGGUGAGAGAGAGGAAGGAGAGGGAAUGGGUGGGAGUGAAAAAGAGAGGGAGAAUGAGAGAAAAUGAUGGAAGGGAAUGAGAAGAGUGUAAAAGGUAAGUGAAAGGAGGCAGGGAGAGAGGGGGUAGGUCGGAGAGAAUGAGGUAAGUAGGGGUUUGUGCCGUGUGAGAAAAAGAUGGUUAGGAAGGAUAGCGAGAGGGGAGUGAGAGACAGAGGGAGGGGAGACGGGUAUGAGUAACGAGGCAGGAGAUCAAGAUGAAAGGAAUGAGGGGGUGGCCACUAGCUAAGUAAAGGAGAGGGAGAGAUAAAGGAGGAGGUAGACAGAUGGGGAGGGAAAAAAGAUGGGGAGAGAGAGAAACAGAAAGAUGAGGUUAGAGAGGAAAAGACGACAAAGGGAGUACCUGGAACAUGAGCAGCUUUCACACUUGUGUCAGUACAGUACUUACAGUAUCUCCAUCUUCAGGAUGUAUUGUCGUCUUCCUCUUAUAAACUUUAAUGAUGUUAUAACUGUUUAUCAGGCCGUUUGAUUGACAUCCUGCAUGGGCGGGGCCAGCGUGGCCUGCAGGCCUUCAUGGAGUCUUUGGAGUUCUACCACCCAGAGCAAUACACCCAGCUCACUGGAAAACAGCCCACCCAGCGCUGCUCCAUCAUCCUGGGUAAGGAUAUGUCCCCAUAUGUCCCCCUUCUUUGACCAGUGUUCCCCCAUCCCCCAUUUACCUCCACUGCUGUGUUCCCCCCAGAUGAGGAAGGUCCAGAGGGCCUGACUCAGUUCCUGCUGCUGGAGGUGCGUAAGCUGAGGGAGCAGCUGCGGGGGAGCCGUGUGUGUGAGCGCCGCCUGUCCCAGCGUUGCCGUGUGGCCGAGGAGGAGCGCAGCCGGGCUGAACGCAAGACAUUGGACCUACGACACGACCGGCUGCAGAUGGAGAGGUACACCACACGGGACCACACAUACAGGGCUUAAAGCACUGUGAGACAAAUGACACGAUGAGAAGCACUAAACAAACAGAGUUUGAUUCAUUGAACUUCACAGGUAAAACCACACAAACAUCUGGUUGUUAUCUACAGUGCCAAACAAUGUGCAGUUUUUUUUUCUCUUCACACAUUUUAUUGUUGAGCGAAGCAGAAUAGCAACUGUUACCUAAAGUGAAUGACGGUAUUCAGAACUUGAAACAUCUAGAAUGAUAUACAUAAACUACAUUAAUGAUGAGCCGUGGUCCAUGGCUGUCAUACAUUUUUUAAUAUGGAUGUACAGUUUCUAUGUCCAGUGUACUGAGAGCUCGCUGAAUGUGUGUCUCACAUACAGGCUGCGUCAGGACUGGGAGGCAGGCAGCAGGGAGCUGGGCCGGCUGAACGACAGGCACCUGGAACAGGCUAUGAAAUACUCUUGUGCCCUGGAGGAUCAGGCCAAGGCCUCCGCACGCGAGAGAGAGCUACUGGAACAGGUAUAGAGAGGAGAGGGGGCCAAGCGGGUCUGUUGGGUUGUUGAAGGAGAGGAAGGGUGACUGGGACAGAAGAAAGCAGCUGGCGAAAGAUAAAAGGAUGGAUGGAGGGUAUCAGCUUUUUAUUAAGAGCUGUUGGGACAUGCCUUUAUAGGAAGCCUUUUCCCUGGUAGGAUUCCCUUGUAAUAUUCCUACUCAACAUUUUCUACAGGUGGAGCAGCUGAAGACCAGACUGAUGGAGGCAGAGAAAGAGACUGACAGUAGCCCUGCCUCUACGACGCCAUUCAGAAGGAACAGUAGUGUCCUCCACUGCACGAACGGCGCCCCCGCUGUUCCCGAGAAGAGGGAGAAGCCACUACAGCACAUUGACAUUCAGAAGGCAGGUCACAUUGAAACACAGGUGAGAGCCGCCAGUCAGAGUGAAUCUAAUUCACCAUCUGAGUUUGUGAUGUUUUCCCGCUCUGACUGUGCUGCUCUAACUCUUGUGUUGUUCCGUUUUGACCUCAGGCUCUGUUGGACAUCCUGAAGCAGGACCGCAGGGAGGCAACAGAGCAGAGACACGAGCUGUGUGGCGACAUCGCCAGACUACAGGGAGAGCUGGAGAGCUCAGAGGAUUUCAGGGACAAGGUGAGAGCAGCAAACAAGCCUAUUCACGCCAUUCUGGCCCAUCUCCAUGUGUGAUUCACUCUCAGGAGUCACUGAGCUGGUGACAGUUUUUCAAGUUGUCUUUGUUAAGGUUUCAUACAGUGUUAAAACAUGCUUCUUGUAUAUCAACACAAUUGUAUUAUUCUGUCUUUGAUGGUGUGUUGUGUUGUGUUGUGUAGCUGGAGUCUCAGUGUGAGCAGCUGCAGCUGAAGGUGAGGACUCUCCAGCUGGAUUGGGAGACGGAACAGAAAAGGAGCAUUUCCUACUUCAACCAGAUUAUGGAGCUGGAAAAGGAGAGGGACCAGGUCAGUAGGUCUGAGUAGGGAUAUGGGUUAGAAUCAAUGUAUGGUAAUGUGUUUGUUUCUGUUGGUUACAGUAAUGGUUAAAGUGGUUUAAAUAGUUCAUGGCUGUUUGGACACUGAAUGCACAUGCACAGAGGAAUGUUGAGGUCGGAGUGUUGAGUUUGAGGCCUUUUUGCUGGAUAAUAUAAGGCCUUUCUUUGCAUGUUUGCCCCAUGCCAUUACUCACCGUAAUACAUCAUUUUUUAUCUAGUCAUGCAGGUGUUUCAACUACUCAGUAUCUCCUCCACUCAGUGUCUGUCUCCUCAUAACUCACCUCUCUGGCACGUUCUCUCCUCCUCCCUCUGAUACUGUUAUCCUUCAGGCUCUGCGCAGUCGAGACAGCCUGCAGUUGGAAUAUACUGACUGCCUAUUGGACAAGAACCGCCUGCGUAAACGCAUCGCAGAGCUUCAGGCCAAUCUAGAGCAGCAGCAGAGAGAGCUGGAGAAAGAGAAGGACAGGAGCAGGGAGCAGAGUUCCCCCUGUAUGCACUGUGUGAGUCUCAGCUAUGCACACACAUACAGUUGAAGUCGGAAGUUUACAUACACUUAGGUUGGAGUCAUUAAAACUCGUUUUUCAACCACUCCACAAAUUUCUUGUUAACAAACUAUAGUUUUGGCAAGUCGGUUAGGACAUCUACUUUGUGCAUGACACAAGUAAUUUUUCCAACAAUUGUUUACAGACAGAUUAUUUAACUUAUAAUUCACUGUAUCACAAUUCCAGUAGGUCAGUUGACUGUGCCUUCAAACAGCUUGGAAAAUUCCAGAAAAUGAUGUCAUGGCUUUAGAAGCUUCUGAUAGGCUAAUUGACAUCAUUUGAGUCAAUUGGAGGUGUACCUGUGGAUGUAUUUCAAGGCCUACCUUCAAACUCAGUGCCUCUUUGCUUGACAUCAUGGGAAAAUCAAAAGAAAUCAGCUCUCAGAAAAGAAAUGGUAGACCUCCACAAGUCUGGUUCAUCCUUGGGAGCAAUUUCCAAACGCCUGAAGGUACCACGUUCAUCUGUACAAACAAUAGUAUGCAAGUAUAAACAGUAUGCAAGUAUAAACACCAUGGGACCACGCAGCCGUCAUACCGCUCAGGAAGGAGACACAUUCUGUCUCCUAGAGAUGAACGUACUUUGGUGCGAAAAGUGCAAAUCAAUCCCAGAACAACAGCAAAGGACCUUGUGAAGAUGCUGGAGGAAACAGGUACAAAAGUAUCUAUAUCCACAGUAAAACGAGUCCUAUAUCGACAUAACCUGAAAGGCCGCUCAGCAAGGAAGAAGCCACUGCUCCAAAACCGCCAUAAAAAAGCCAGACUACGGUUUGCAACUGCACAUGGGGACAAAGAUUGUACUUUUUGGAGAAAUGUCCUCUGGUCUGAUGAAACAAAAAUAUAACUGUUGGGCCAUAAUGACCAUCGUUAUGUUUGGAGGAAAAAGGGGAUGGCUUGCAAGCUGAAGAACACCAUCCCAACCGUGAAGUACGGGGGUGGCAGCAUCAUGCUGUGCGGGUGCUUUGCUGCAGGAGGGACUGGUGCACUUCACAAAAUAGAUGGCAUCAUCAGGAAGGAAAAUUAUGUGGAUAUAUUGAAGCAACAUCUCAAGACAUCAGUCAGGAAGUUAAAGCUUGGUCGCAAAUGGGUCUUCCAAAUGGACAAUGACCCCAAGCAUACUUCCAAAGUUGUGGCAAAAUGGCUUAAGGACAACAAAGUCAAGGUAUUGGAGAGGCCAUCACAAAGCCCUGACCUCAAUCCUUUAGAAAAUGUGUGGGCAGAUCUGAAAAAGCGUGUGCGAGCAAAGAGGCCUACAAACCUGAUUCAGUUACACCAGCUCUGUCAGGAGGAAUGGGCCAAAAUUCACCCAACUUAUUGUGGGAAGCUUGUGGAAGGCUACCCGAAACGUUUGACCCAAGUUAAACAAUUUAAAGGCAAUGCUACCAAAUACUAAUUGAGUGUAUGUAAACUUCUGACCCACUGGGAAUUUGAUGAAAUAAAUAAAAGCUGAAAUAAAUCACUCUCUACUAUUAUUUUGACAUUUCACAUUCUUAAAAUAAAGUGGUGAUCCCAACUGACCUAAGACAGGGAAUUUCUACUAGGAUUAAAUGUCAGGAAUUGUGAAAAACUGAGUUUAAAUGUAUUUGGCUAAGGUGUAUGUAAACUUCCGACUUCAACUGUACUGUGUACACACUUUUGAUUAUACUUGUGCAACACAAGUGUGUUUUCCCUAUUCUGUCAGACAUACAGUUUCACACACUCACAAAAACGGAUAAUCAAAUUACAGUGUGGACCUGUUAGCCUUCUUCUAUACUCUUCCAAUUGUCUCUCUGUCCCUCUCCUAGUCUCACCUGUCUCUGUGCAGCGAGGACCAGUGCUACGGGCCCUGCUGCUCCCUAGACCUCAGCCCUCUGCCCAACUGCACUCACCAGCUGCUCUGCAAGGUCAGAGUUCAUCUCCAUCUUAUCAUCUUCAUUGGCCAGCAGCUAGAAUAUUAGCAACAUUAUACUGUUACCAUCAACAGCAGCCUCAACAUUUAUCUCUUCAUUAUCAUAUAAUAAAUAGUCAUUGAGGGCUGUUGCAGUGUUGCUGUCCAACCCGUCUUUUCAUUUUACUCAUUCACAGAGUUGUAAUUAAGUAGAUACCAUUGAGCUGAUCCCGUAACAAUAAUUGUACUUGUUAUGAUUAUUCAUGGUCUACUUAUGGAGAACUAUGUGGGGAAUAUUAUUUUUAGACCAGGGUGAAGCAACUCCUGUGUGCUAAUUAGGUCUCAUUGUUGUUUUGCAUAGAGUUAGAGAUAUGAUGUUGCCAGAGAUGAAUUUGUGUAACUGUCAGCAUGCUGGUACCUGUAGGAUAUCUUUCAGUGAACAGAUGUCUGUUUUCAUUUCUGUGUCACAGUCUCCCUCUACAGGCCAAACCCAUGACCACUCCAAAGGUAAGCCUAUAUUUCAAUUGAGAUGAAUGCAGUGUUUCCCAACCAGGGGUACUUGGCCUAUCCACAGGGGGUACUUGAGAAGACUGAUGAGACCAUAGGCUUACUGGUAAAAUGCACACGAGGGGGUACUUCAAGGGUACUCUGGGCAGAGCAAAAUGUACUUGGUGGUACAGUAACCAAAAAAGGUUGGGAACCACUGGAUUAGGGGGUUGGGGUUUGUAAGGAUAGCAUUGUAGAAAAGAGCAUUCCUGAGUUAAUCCCUCUUUUUGGAUAAAUUCAGUUUUCAUGUUUGCUUAAUUUAUUCUACGUUUACAGCACUGUAACUGAUUAAGGAUAAACCUUGUAUUUGAACUACUGUUUGAAUAAGACAUAGUAGAAAUAGGCAUGGCCAAAACAAAUGUCUUUUUUUGACAACUUUGAUGAGAGAGGAUAGGCUUAGACUUCUAAAUACCAAAUUUUGUCUGCAGGUUCCUGCUCAAACUCAGAAGAGAAUCUCUUGACACCAGUGAGUUGUUACAUUACUCCACAACACCUUGUGACAUGCCGACAUAUCAAAGCAUCAUGUCUCAUCUAGCGUUCAUCUAUAUUAUAUGAACAAAUGUGUUUUUCUCACUGAACAGUGUAGCUGUUAAUAUACACAGUAUAUGUCGAUUGUUGAAUAAUCAAUCAACUUUUUCAACUUGUCAAGGAGGCAAUGAAUAGGUUUAAAUUAUGGGCCUGCAUCGACACUUUAGUCAUUCUCUAUUUCACUCUUUGUUUGUGUCCUGUGUGUUUUACAGACAGUGGACAGUGAGAAGGAUGUUAACAGGCUCUCCAUAUUCCCCUUCCCUCCCUGUAUGAACUCCAUCAACCGCAGGGUCAACAUAGAGUAUGUCAUACCCAUAGAAUAAGGAAUUAAAAUUAUUACAGUGGCUUGCGAAAGUAUUCACCCCCCUUGGCAUUUUUCCUAUUUCGUUGCCUUACAACCUGGAAUUAAAAUGGAUUUGGGGGGGGGGGGGGGGGGGGGGGGGGGGGGUUUGUAUCAUUUGAUUUACACAACAUGCCUACCUCUUUGAAGAUGCAAAAUAAUUUUUGGGGUGAUACAAACAAGAAAUAAGACAACAAAAAAGAACUUGAGCGUGCAUAACUAUUCACCCCCCCAAAGUCAAUACUUUGUAGAGCCACCUUUUGCAGCAAUUACAGCUGCAAGUCUCUUGGGGUAUGUCUCUAUAAGUUUGGCACAUCUAGCCACUGGGAUUUCUGCCCAUUCUUCAAGGCAAAACUGCUCCAGCUCCUUCAAGUUGGAUGGGUUCCGCUGGUGUACAGCAAUCUUUAAGUCAUACCACAGAUUCUCAAUUGGAUUGAGGUCUGGGCUUUGACUAGGCCAUUCCAAGACAUUUAAAUGUUUCCCCUUAAACCACUCAAGUGUUGCUUUAGCAGUAUGCUUAGGGUCAUUGUCCUGCUGGAAGGUGAACCUCCGUCCCGGUCUCAAAUCUCUGGAAGACUGAAACAGGUUUCCCUCAAGAAUUUCCUUGUAUUUAGCGCCAUCCAUCAUUCCUUCAAUUCUGACCAGUUUCCCAGUCCCUGCCAAUGAAAAACAUCCCCACAGCAUAAUGCUGCCACCUCCAUGCUUCACUGUGGGGAUGGUGUUCUCGGGGUGAUUAGAGGUGUUGGGUUUGCACCAGACAUAGCGUUUUCCUUGAUGGCCAAAAAGCUAAAUUUUAGUUUAAUCUGACCAGAGUACCUUCUUCCGUAUGUUUGGGGAGUCUCCCACAUGGCUUUUGGUGAACACCAAACGUGUUUGCAUAUUGUUUUCUUUAAGCAAUGGCUUUUUUCUGGCCACUCUUCCGUAAAGCCCAGCUCUGUGGAGUGUACGGCUUAAAGUGGUCCAAUGGACAGAUACUCCAAUCUCCGCUGUGGCGCUUUGCAGCUCCUUUAGGGUUAUCUUUGGUCUCUUUGGUGCCUCUCUGAUUAAUGCCCUCCUUGCCUGGUCCGUGAGUUUUGGUGGGCGGCCCUCUCUUGGCAGGUUUGUUGUGGUGCCAUAUUCUUUCCAUUUUUUAAUAAUGGAUUUAAUGGUGCUUCGUGGGAUGUUCAAAGUUUCAGAUAUUUUUUUAUAACCCAACCCUGAUCUGUACUUCUCCACAACUUUGUCCCUGACCUGUUUGGAGAGCUCCUUGGUCUUCAUGGUGCCGCUUGCUUGGAGGUGCCCCUUGCUUAGUGGUGUUGCAGACUCUGGGGCCUUUCAGAACAGGUUUAUACAGUGGGGGAAAAAAGUAUUUAGUCAGCCACCAAUUGUGCAAGUUCUCCCACUUAAAAAGAUGAGAGAGGCCUGUAAUUUUCAUCAUAGGUACACGUCAACUAUGACAGACAAAAUGAGAAAAAAAAAUCCAGAAAAUCACAUUGUAGGAUUUUUAAUGAAUUUAUUUGCAAAUUAUGGUGGAAAAUAAGUAUUUGGUCACCUACAAACAAGCAAGAUUUCUGGCUCUCACAGACCUGUAACUUCUUCUUUAAGAGGCUCCUCUGUCCUCCACUCGUUACCUGUAUUAAUGGCACCUGUUUGAACUUGUUAUCAGUAUAAAAAACACCUGUCCACAACCUCAAACAGUCACACUCCAAACUCCACUAUGGCCAAGACCAAAGAGCUGUCAAAGGACACCAGAAACAAAAUUGUAGACCUGCACCAGACUGGGAAGACUGAAUCUGCAAUAGGUAAGCAGCUUGGUUUGAAGAAAUCAACUGUGGGAGCAAUUAUUAGGAAAUGGAAGACAUACAAGACCACUGAUAAUCUCCCUCGAUCUGGGGCUCCAAGCAAGAUCUCACCCCGUGGGGUCAAAAUGAUCACAAGAACGGUGAGCAAAAAUCCCAGAACCACACGGGGGGACCUAGUGAAUGACCUGCAGAGAGCUGGGACCAAAGUAACAAAGCCUACCAUCAGUAACACACUACGCCGCCAGGAACUCAAAUCCUGCAGUGCCAGACGUGUCCCCCUGCUUAAGCCAGUACAUGUCCAGGCCCGUCUGAAGUUUGCUAGAGUGCAUUUGGAUGAUCCAGAAGAGGAUUGGGAGAAUGUCAUAUGGUCAGAUGAAACCAAAAUAGAACUUUUUGGUAAAAACUCAACUCGUCGUGUUUGGAGGACAAAGAAUGCUGAGUUGCAUCCAAAUAACACCAUACCUACUGUGAAGCAUGGGGGUCGAAACAUCAUGCUUUGGGGCUGUUUUUCUGCAAAGGGACCAGGACGACUGAUCCAUGUAAAGGAAAGAAUGAAUGGGGCCAUGUAUCGUGAGAUUUUGAGUGAAAACCUCCUUCCAUCAGCAAGGACAUUGAAGAUGAAACGUGGCUGGGUCUUUCAGCAUGACAAUGAUCCCAAACACACCGCCCGGGCAACGAAGGAGUGGAUUCGUAAGAAGCAUUUCAAGGUCCUGGAGUGGCCUAGCCAGUCUCCAGAUCUCAACCCCAUAGAAAAUCUUUGGAGGGAGUUGAAAGUCUGUGUUGCCCAGCGACAGCCCCAAAACAUCACUGCUCUAGAGGAGAUCUGCAUGGAGGAAUGGGCCAAAAUACCAGCAACAGUGUGUGAAAACCUUGUGAACUCUUACAGAAAACGUUUGACCUGUAUCAUUGCCAACAAAGGGAAUAUAACAAAGUAUUGAGAAACUUUUGUUAUUGACCAAAUACUUAUUUUCCACCAUAAUUUGCAAAUCAAUUCAUUAAAAAUCCUACAAUGUGAUUUUCUGGAAAAAAAAUUCUCAUUUUGUCUGUCAUAGUUGACGUGUACCUAUGAUGAAAAUUACAGGCCUCUCUCAUCUUUUUAAGUGGGAUAACUUGCACAAUUGGUGGCUGACUAAAUACUUUUUUUCCCCACUGUAUAUACUGAGAUCAUGUGACAGAUCAUGUGACACUUAAAUAAAGUCCACCUGAGUGCAAUCUAACUAUUAUUACUAUAAUUAUGUGACUUCUGAAGGUAAUUGGUUGCACCAGAUCUUAUUUAGGGGCUUCAUAGCAAAGGGGGUGAAUACAUAUGCACGCACCACUUUUCCGUUAUUUAUUUUUUUAGAAUUUUUUGAAACAAGUUAUUGUUUUCAUUUCACUUCACCAAUUUGGACUAUUUUUGUGUAUGUCCAUUACAUGAAAGCCAAAUAAAAAUCCAUUUAAAUUACAGGUUGUAAUGCAACAAAAUAGGAAAAACGCCAAGGGGGAUGAAUACUUUUGCAAGGCACUGUAGUAAUUGAAUAGGAUAUCUAUGGUCAUACCAUUGCAAGUCAACUUUUACAUUAUUCUCUAAUAUAGAAAUAUCACUCUUAAAUCACACGUUAUGCUGUAAAUGCAUUUAAAACUAAAUAAAUGAUGAUGAAAACUCCUCUCUUGUGAUCUUAUCCGUUUACAGGUUUGACCUGGACUCCUGGGGCAGUGAUGAAAAUGAGAACCUCACAGGUUUGGUUCAGUUCAGUACAUCCCCUCCUGUUUGUCUAAGUCUAUAGCUACCUGUAAUACCUGUAACCCCUGCUAAGUAUAGAUAUGUGUAGUGAUGUCUCAUUAUAUUGUGUUUCAGGAGUCCAAAGUGAGGUCUCCCUGUCAAACUCCUGUAGCUCCCUGCAUUCUCACCUCAUCCCCCCUGACCUCGUCAACCUGCCCCCUGUCCCACCCCACAAACCCAACUACAACAGUCUCGGGUAUGUCUCCAUCUCUUUGCUGCCUACAUCAGGGCAGCUAAUCCAACGUAGUGUAGGUACACUUGCUAACCCUUUAUGGUGUGAGAUAUAAUCUAAACUGUAUACUAAGAAGUGUAAUUACCAUCUCUCUUUCCACUUCCUCUUUCAGUUUAGAGCUCCUGUCCCCCUUACCUAGUCCCCCCACUACGCCCAAAAGAGGAAGAGGCAGCCUGGCAGAUGACAUCACCAUCAUUGGGGGCAACUGCACAGGCAUCUUUGUUAGCAGCAUCAGAGCUGGUUCUCCUGCUGAGCAGUGUGGUCUGAAGGAGGGCAGUGAGUUACUGGAGGUGAGAAACAGAGGCAUACAGACAGAUGGACAGGCAAACAGAUUGUAGAAAAACAGCCACACAAGCCUGAGUAUAACUGUCUCUUUCUCCCUGCCCAGCUGGAGAAGGUUAUGUUUGGUGGGGGCAGUGUGCUGCUGGGCCAGUGCACAGGAGAGGUGGCCCACUUCUCUCUGCAGUGGUGGACAGAGCCCUCCUCUCUCAAACAUCAGAACAACACAGAGGGUGAAGUUCUGAGACAGCUUUUACAGUGGUUUUCCUUGACUGAUGUGCUUUUUCAGUACAGUACACCUUUAUAGUGCAUGGCCUUGGCCUUUAUCCAGGUGUCAGACUGUUUAUAAAACAAAAAAAUAUGAAAGAAUAGAGUGUGUGUAACUAACUUCCCACCCCUUUUCCUCUUCUCAGCCUACUCCAAGUUAUGUUCCCUGCUCUCUUCUCCUACCUUCUAUGGCGCUGACUCUUUCUAUGUGCGCGUCAACCUGGACCUGGACCCUCAUAGCGACCUGCCCUGUCUGGGGGUGCGCUGUGAUGACAUAAUACACGUCACUGACACCCGUUACAACGGGAAGUACCAGUGGCGCUGCACCCUGGUGAACCCCCACACAGCCAAGCCCCUGCAGGCGGGGGUCAUGCCCAACUACAACAGGUAAGGGAGAGGUACCAUGCACUGUAAUAAUACCUUUGUGACAGAGUUCAAAUGAACGGGUUAUGUAAUGUAAUAUAUUUUAAUAUGCAUGAGAAGAAGAUUAAACGUUCCAUUAAUCUAUGACAUUUGUGCAAAUGUUUUGCUUUGUUAGACUGCACUCACAGAGUACAUGGGACACGUGGUGAUGAAUGUGUAUCCCCCUAAAUCUUUCUCUCUCUAUCUCAGAGCCCAGCAGCUGUUAUUGGUGAGGUUACGUACCAUAGCCCUGGGGCAGAAGGAUUUCAAGAAGAAAGUAAGUCUCCUCUUGUCCCUACUGUGUGUGAAUCUCUGGUAACCAAGGGUAACCAGACUACUGAUUCCUCACUGUAGGUAUCCAAGAAGGGCUCUGAGCGUGUGCGAUUGGUCAAGGCUGUGUCCCCCAGCUGUCGUGGGAUUGGUUCCACCCCACAGGUCCUUUACACACUCAGCAAUCGUAAGCUCCUCCCAUAUGACUUUAUUGAUCUUUUUUUGUCCUUUGAAGACAAUAGUAAGAUAAAAAUGCAUGAACCUAAAUGUGUAUGUGUGUCUUUGCUCAGGUCACGAGGAGCACCUGAUUCCUUACAGUAUGGUCCAGCCAAUACAGGUCAAGACCAAACGGCCUGUCAUCUUCUCCCCCUCCCUGCUCUCUCGCGGCCUCAUAGAGAGACUGCUUCAGCCAGCAGAGUCUGGACUGGACUUCAACACCUGCCAACCAGGUACACACACACAUAGUUAUUGACAUACUGUCACUACACACUCAAAAUCUCAGAAGCACUAGUUGCAUGCUUGUUGUCCUUCUUGCAUGAUCGGCUGUGUUUAAAAGUAAUUACUUGAUAUGUUGUCUCUCUACCCCUUCUCAUGGAGUGAUGUAUUUCAGAGCCAAUCCAGGCCACAGAGAGAAAUGAUAAGAGUGUUUUCCUGCUAGAUGCUUCCACCCCAGAGCAGGCUCUUGGGAUCAGGCUGCAGUCUAUUCAGGAUGUAAUAAGCCAGGUAUACACUCUUUCAUUCAUUCUCUCUCUCUCUCUCUCUCUCUCUCUCUCUCUCACACACACAAACAAACACUUCCCACUGGGCAAAAACUGGUUGAGUCAAUGUUGCUUCCACGAUAUUUCAAUGAGAAAAUGUUAUGUAAUGACGUUGAAUCAACUUGGGGAAAAUGAUUGGAUUUGAAAAAAUUCAUCAAUGUAAGGGAAUUUCUUUUUUUCACCAAACAUUUAACCUAAAUCCAAUGACAUGGUGACAUUUUUUGUUGAUUUCACGUUGAAUUUACAUUAGUUGACAACUCAACCAAAUAUAAAUCAAAACUAGAUGUUGAAAUGAUGUUUGUGCCCAGUGGAUUACCUCUCCCAUAUCGGUCUCUGUGUCUUGUCUCUCAGGACAAGCACUGUCUGUUGGAGCUGGGCCUGAGCAGUGUGGAGGGCCUUCUGAGGCAGGAAGUCUACCCUAUCGUCAUUAAUAUCCCACCCAAGAACAAAAAACACAAGAAGCUAAAGUAAGUGACUGGCUGUCUGUAUUUGUGUGUGUUUUCAAUACACUUUUAGCAUCAUAAGUUAUUCUAUUUUUGUAGUUUUCUGUUCUCUAAUCCAAUUUAGAAACAGUAGUAAAAAUGUAUGCACACAUGACUGUAAGUCGCUUUGGAUAAAAGCAUCUGCUAAAUGGCAUAUAAUUAUUAUAUUAUUAAAGUCUAUCUAUUUUGGCCCAUUGACAGGAAGUUGCUGACCGGGAGAGGGGAGGAUGGUGUGAUGGAGGAGGUGUGUCAGGCGGACGAGCUGCAGCUAGAGACCCUGCCCCUGCUCUACCACACUUUGGAACCCAACACCUGGAGCUGCACCGACGAUCUGCUGCUUGCCAUACGCAAUGUCAUCCACAGCCAGCAGAAAGCACUGCUGUGGGUUGAGUUGGAAAGGCUCCAAUAG